AUGAAGAUAACGAGGAGAUGGUUGUUGACAGCACUAACACAACUCAAGACUGGCAGAACGAUGAUCUUUUUCAGGACAAUUAUGCAGAAAACAAGACAAUGUUGGAGGGAGAAGCACAGCUUGAUCAGUGGCUCGAGGAAAUUAGCUCUGCACCACCAACUAAGGAUCCGCCUGCGGAACUUGGCCUUGAGGACAUACUCGAGACAACACGAGGCCCAACGGAACUUUCGGAAGCCUUCGACGCGCCUACAGAGGAUUUGUUUGGCGACCCCAAACCCCCACUUCCCAGAACACCAAGUAGUCCUCUCAACUGAUGAAAUCGUCGCUGAGCCCUCUCUCGUCGAUCUGGUCAACGAAACACGCAGUCCAAUGCAACUUUCAAAAGCCAUUGAUGCACCUACCGAAGAUUUGUUUGGCGACCUAGACCCAGAGCCUUUACACGAACAGGCUCAAUAUCCAAUAAUCCUUGAAGCUGAUGAGAUCGUCGAUGAGCACUCUCAUGUCGAUUCGGUCCACGAAAACCUUCAUACAACGACUGUCCUUACUACGGAGCCUCUCCAUGAAGAACUCCGUAUUGUUGCAAAGGAUCUCACAGGCCUGGCUCAAGGCGACCUCAAUUAUGACCCUCGCCAAAACUCCCCCUCUAUCGUCGAGCAGUCCUCCCAGGAUGCUGAUCCAGUUGUUUCUCAAGACAUACCGGUCGUUCCUUCCGUUGAAGAAUCGGAGCAACCAGCUCUCGAAAGCAUCAAUAUGGCUGCAUCAGAAUUCCAGGAAACAGCUAUUGCUGAAGUUGAUGAGUUGCAACCUAUCGUGGAAGGUUCCAAUCGAGUCCCCGGAGCUGCUGCUACAGUGGAGAAUGUCGAAGAAGCCGAAACCGUGAAGCCAAUUGUCCCUUUCAUCGAACACGACGAAACCUCAGACACCAUGAAGCCCUCUGUACAACCAGUCGAACCUCCCACCGAGGACGCGGCAGUCGUGGUAGAGGAAACUCCGCUCGUUCAACCCUCCGAGGCUUUCCUACCCAGCCCCAUUCUUGUUAACGACUCUUCUGAGAGCAUUCCAAUCAAGGACGACAAUACAACCCUGCCCAUCUCAACGGACUCGCCUCGCAAACCCGGGCUGUUUUUCCCUGACUACGAAGGCGAGGAGCCGCUAUCUGACGAAGAACCCAUUCAAUCCGACGGGUUUUUCAGUGGCCAGCAGUAUUACGUCAUAGAGUCUGACGAAGUUGAUCAACUUGAAGACGACGAAUACGAUGUGGGACAGAUUGACGCACGUACCAUAUCACGCAGUGUGUCCAUCGACCCUGCACACCAGCACUUCAUUGUAGAGGAGCGAUUAACGGAGGAGCCAGAACAACAAGAUGAUGACACUGGUGUCGAUAUCGUUGCAUUAGACGAGUUGGAGCCGAUUCUUGAGGAGACGCCGAUCGAAAUGCAGGCCGAAGAAGCAACAAUACCUCCCAGCUGGAGCCCGUCACUUCCUGUUCAUGUUCCGAUGCCCGUUCUGGCGGACCCUAUGGCAUUAGAUCCUUCAGAGCCCACUUCGCCAGAUGAGGCUGAACUAGCAUCCUCCCCGAAGAUUUCGACCCCUCUGCCGGCCUCUUUGUUACGCGCGAAGCAUGUAUCAAGCUUGUUCACGCCUGCUGGCUCAAUGCCCGGAACGCCAACCGAGUUGGAUGUGGAGCAAGCACAACUUCAGUCCCCGCAAGCCGUCAUUGUCGAAGAAUCGCCUGAGGAUGCCCAGACUGAAGUUAUUCCCGACAAAUCAGAGUUUACAGCCCCGGCCAUCAGCGCAUCGUCCAAUACCGAAUCGUUGCCGGCCGAAGCUGAACCCACGAUCCAAUCUUCAGUCGACAUUCCAACGACAGCUCCGCCCCUUCGUCGACAGCCUUCCGCGCCAUCAUUGCAGUCGGACCCUUACCCUUACAGCCUAUCGACACCAGGGGACAUUUUAAUCAACAGUGAAAUUGAAGGGAUCGCAGACUCGGGCCCAUCGACAGCGACAGAGUCUGAGGCAAUGUCGGGAUCAGAGGAGACGGCAUCCGCGGUGACAUCAUACGAGAUUAGCGAAUUGGAAGCCAAAGAACUCGAGUCCGGAGAUAAUUCUCUUGUUCAAGACACGAUACCUGUGGAUCUUGACACAGAGGAACAAGCCGUCGAACCCGCGCCACCCGUUCAAGAUUUGGCAACUGACAUGCCCAAAGUUGACCUUGCUGAACCAAUGGCUGAGGUUACCCCAACACCAUUGUCUACGGCUGUGCCAGAGACAGAUGAGACCGAUGGUGAUGCCAAUGUCCCCGAAGCGAAACCUGCUGCCACAGAUGAACAAGCCAGUCCCACGACGGAGUCAGAAUCUGGGUCUCUGAAACGGAAACGAGAUGACGCUGAAGAUGACACGCUGCCUUCUACACGCCCCAACUUUGGUAAAGUGGCGCGAUCGCGACUGUCUGGUCGAGGCAAAGGCAAGCGGAAAGGAAAGGGCAGAGAAGACGAUGAUACCUCUUCUUCCAGCUCGAGCGCUGAUUCUGCUGCUCGUUUAUUGGAGGAGGACCUGCCACUCUCGUCCGUCGUUGGAACUCCAAGUGAUGGGGGGUCUUCCUUUGUCCUUGAGUCAUCCCCCACACAUUCAAGAGGCAAAGUCAUCAAGGUUAUCCGCUCUCAACGAUCUCAAUCUGAGUUGGCACCCACUCCACCCCCGCCACCGCCACCGCCUCCAUUGCCUCCGGUGUUGAUGCAUGCGCAUUCACAUAACCGACGACCUGCGCUACCGCCGCGACAGUCAACCCAACCCAAACCUCGGCCUCCGCCUUUGCAAGCAACACCCUCGCGAGGAAGCUUCACGAUGCCUCUUUCCCCAUCAACGCCAUCAGAUCUUACAUCAUCAGUGAUGACACCGGCGCCAAUCCGCAAGCCAACGGCUGCACCAGUGACGGCCGGCACGCCCAUGACCCGUGCCCAUUGUCGGUACCACAAAGUCAGCUUACCGGAAAAUGCAGGAGACGAUGACGACGAUGACCGCAGCGGACCGAGACGGACGUUCGUUGUUCCUGGUUGUUCGUUAACCGACACCGAUCUCAUGAAGGAGGAGAACAUCCUCGAUGAGGGCAAUGCCACAGAUGUUGAUGGCGAGCGCAUGGUCGGCAAUGUCGAGUAUUUGGGACUCAGCGCAUACUUGAUCGGUGUGUUGCGGCAUCUCGUCGGCGUGGAUAUUAUGCGGGAGGGCGAAGUCUAUUACCUGCCCAAGGAGGACGAGGAGGUAAAGGCUGUCGCCGUUGCACCAUCACCACAGGUUCCAGGCAGCAGCCAGCCGCUGACGCGCGAAAAGAGCAAAAUGCGAGCGUCAAUGUCGCUUGCUGACCUCCCGCUGUCGCCUGCGACUUCGGUCUCGUCAUCCCGGCCACCGCAUUCUGUUGCUGGCUCGUCCUCGACCGCGUCUGUCUCGCUGUCAAGACGGAAACGCGGCGGAAAAAGGAACGGGGGUUCGCCAGCGCCAUCCCAAAUAUUUUCCCAGGACGGCGGGUCGGAUGACGAGAACCAGAGCCCCGCUGCGAAGAAGAUACGUGCGGCGGAGCUGGAAGGCAUACGGGCGGCCACGGAAAACAGUCCUUUGCGUACACGAAGAGGGACAAAGAGGGUGGACAGCGAAUCAGCUGAUUACGCGCCUGAGGCAGAGGAGGAGCUAGAUGAUGAUGAUGAGGACGAGGUUCAGACCAAGAAGAAGAGAAAGCGGAAUGGGAAGGGCGAAGAGCGCAAGAGUAAAAAACUCAAGAUGCGCGAGAGUAUUGGACCGGCGCAGUGA